GCUACAUUUUCUGAAGUAUAUUUAGCUCCUUGGUAUGAUGGACUGAUGCUGCAGCAAAAUGAUUAUUUCUACUGAAUUUGGGUUUUAUUAGAAUGUGAAGUGAUUUUACCCGUAUUUAUAACAUUAAAUUGUAAGCAGCUGAACAGCACCGGACUGGAUGUGACCGAGUCAGAUGGGAGAGAUAGUCGAGAACACGCCAGAGAGGGCGGCCUCGCCUGCCAGACUAGCCUACACGUCCGACAAGCACCCUAGACACACGCUGGAGGCGACAAACUCGUUGCGCAAGCACCGCGAGCUAUGCGACGUCGUCAUCAUCGUCGGCACGCGCAAGAUCUUCGCGCACCGCGUCAUCCUGUCGGCGUGCAGCCCCUACUUCCACGCGAUGUUCACGGGCGAGCUCGCCGAGAGCCGGCAGACGGAGGUGACGAUCCGCGACAUCGACGAGCGCGCGAUGGAGACGCUCGUCGACUUCUGCUACACGUCGCACAUCGUCGUCGAGGAGAGCAACGUGCAGACGCUGCUGCCGGCCGCCUGCCUGCUGCAGCUCGCCGAGAUCCAGGAGACGUGCUGCGAGUUCCUCAAGCGACAGCUCGACCCGUCCAACUGCCUCGGCAUCCGCGCGUUCGCCGACACGCACGCCUGCCGCGACCUGCUGCGAGUCGCCGACAAGUUUACGCAGCACAACUUUCAGGAGGUGAUGGAGAGCGAAGAAUUCCUUCUGCUGCCUGUCAAUCAGCUGAUCGACAUCAUCUCCAGCGAUGAACUGAACGUUCGCACUGAGGAGCAGGUUUUCAGCGCAGUCAUGGCCUGGGUGAAGUACAACACGACCGAGCGACGACCCCUCUUGCCACAGACGCUUCAGCACGUGCGUCUGCCGCUGCUCAGCCCAAAGUUCCUCGUCGGCACCGUCGGUGCGGACCUGCUCAUUAAGAGCGACGAGUCGUGCCGGGAUCUCGUUGACGAGGCAAAAAACUAUCUGCUGCUGCCGCAAGAACGCCCGCUCAUGCAGGGUCCGCGAACUCGGCCCAGAAAGCCGAUACGAUGUGGCGAGGUGUUGUUUGCAGUCGGGGGCUGGUGCAGUGGAGACGCGAUCUCAAGUGUCGAGCGCUACGACCCGCAGACGAAUGAGUGGCGGAUGGUGGCGCCGAUGAGCAAGCGGCGCUGCGGCGUCGGCGUCGCCGUGCUCAACGACCUCCUGUACGCCGUCGGUGGACACGACGGACAGUCCUAUCUCAACAGCAUUGAGAGGUACGAUCCUCAGACGAAUCAGUGGUCGAGCGACGUCGCUCCAACGAGCUCCUGCCGUACGAGCGUCGGCGUCGCCGUGCUCGAGAACUACCUGUACGCCGUAGGAGGCCAGGACGGCGUCUCGUGUCUCAACGUGGUCGAGCGGUAUGACCCUCAGGGGAACAGGUGGAACAAGGUUGCGUCGAUGAGCACGCGGCGGCUCGGUGUAGCCGUCGCCGUCCUGGCCGGCUACCUGUAUGCAGUCGGCGGAUCAGAUGGCACUUCUCCUCUCAAUACAGUCGAGCGAUACGACCCGCGAGCGAACCGCUGGAUGCCGGUGGCGCCGAUGGGCACGCGCCGCAAGCACCUGGGCGUCGCCGUCUUCAACAACAUGCUGUAUGCGGUCGGCGGCCGCGACGACGCGACGGAGCUGAGCAGCGCCGAGCGCUACAACCCGCAGAGCAACCAGUGGAGCCCCGUCGUCGCGAUGAACUCACGCAGGAGCGGGGAGCGGGGUUUUACUAGACGUUCUAGCAUCUUUUUAGAGAAGGUUUUGAAGCAGGCUAAAGGGGGAACUCUCGAGGAAACUGAUUUCUUGACCAUUUCAUUGUAA